AUGAAGGCCUCCAUCUCUCUCGCUGCCCUCACUGCCCUGGCGGCCACCGUCGAGGCUCAGAACUACCUUGGCUUCAACUCCGGUGCCACCAAGGCCGACCGCUCCGCCAAGUUCAAGGCCGACUUCGAGGCCGAGUUCAAGACUGCCCAGGGCCUCGAGGGUGCCCCCGGCGACUUCAACGCUGUCCGUCUCUACACCAACAUCCAGGCCUACUCCACCCAGGACCCCAUUGAGGCUUUCGAGGCUGCCAUCGAGACUAAGACCUACAUCCUUCUCGGUAUCUGGACCUCCGGCACCGACAACAUUGACAAGGAGAUCAACGCCCUGAAGACCGCCGUCACCAAGUACGGCACCAAGCUCACCGACCUCAUCAUCGGUGCCUCCAUCGGUUCCGAGGACCUGUACCGCAACUCCGUCACCGGUGUCAAGAACAAGUCUGGUGUCGGUGCCGACCCCAAGACCCUCGUCGGCUUCAUCGACGACUUCAAGACCGCCUUCAAGGAUACCCCUCUGUCCAAGGUUUCCAUCGGCCACGUCGACACCUGGGACGUCUGGGGAAACUCUACCAACAAGCCCGUCCUCGACGCCGUCGACUGGGUCGGUGUUGACGAGUACCCCUACUACGAGAACGACAAGGGCAACACCAUCGACAACGCUGGUUCCCUUUUCGACAAGGCCUACGCUGCCACCGUCGCCACCGCUGGCGGCAAGCCCGUUUGGGUCACCGAGACCGGCUGGCCCGUCACCGGCGAGACUUGGGACCAGGCCGUUCCCAGCGCCAAGAACGCUCAGAAGUACUGGCAGGAGGUCGGUUGCCGCAAGCUCUUCAACAAGGUCCCCACCUUCUGGUACAACCUUCGCGACUCCAACCCCGACAACUCCAUGAAGUUCGCCAUCACCAAGGACCUGUCUACCACCCCUCUGUUCAACCUCACCUGCCCCACCACCUUCGACACCCCCUCCAGCACCAAGACCGCCUCUGCCUCCGGCACUGCCACCGCUAAGCCCAGCUCUUCCUCUGGCGCCAGCUCUGGUUCCGGCAACAGUACCAGCGGUGGCUCCGGCUCCGGCUCCGGCUCUGGCUCUGGCUCUGGAAGCGGCUCUGGCAGCGGUUCUAACUCGACCGUCUCCACCGCCGCUCCCUCUGCCACCUCUGGCUCCGGCUCCUCCGGCAGCGGAUCCGGCUCUGGAUCCAGCGCCAGCAGCACGCCCUCCGCCGUUGCUGGCUCUGGUGCCGCUGGCCUCCAGGCCUUCACCACCGGUGCUUUGGCCGUCGUUGCCGGCGCUUUCGCCCUCCUCUACUAA